AUGAAAAAUAAUACAGUGGACCAGAUAAUUCAGCUUUGCGAGCAGCUUGAUGUCCUGCUUUGUCUGAUCUGCGAGGCAGCUAUCAAACCCGAGGUCGAUAAGGUGGAAGGUAAGCGCGGACGGGAGUACGUAAUGCUUCAGUCACUGCGCAAAGCCCCGCAUGCAAGGUACUGGAUCGUCAACCCAGCGCGGGGCGCCGAAACCACCGACGCCGAUGGCGAUCCGGCCACUGAACGCGCUGACGAUGGCGUAACUGCUGGGGAUGCUCUACUACCGCAGACCGUCCGGGCAUGUGAGAAGGAUCUAAAGAAGGCAGAGACGGAACGGCAACGUCAGGUAGAGGCACCAGGCGGAGUCGACACCGAGUCGAGAUGGGUGCAGUUUAUGAAAUGGUCGGCGCACUUGCAGCAGAGGGACAAACCGACGCUGUACCAGGCGGGGCUAUCACCGGCUUCUGCCGCAGUCGAGCAGCGGAUGUGGCCCCGCGAGCGCCGUGAAGCGAACCAGAGGCUACGUGAGCUGACCGAGAGUUUCCGGCGCGAGCUUGGCCGUUGUAUGGAGAGGCUGGAUAGGGUGCCGGACGAAACGCUCGAGUGGCUCGGCAGCAUUGACCCGACCAAGCCGGUAUCGACCCCGUUCGGCCGAAAGCAGCAGUCAGAUACGAUGGACAGGUACAGUGCGUGCUGGCAGCGGUACUUGUGCUAUUGCGUCCGGAUUCAGGCGCUUGGGCGCGAUGGGGCCAAGGCAGAGCACGGUAUCCGAUUUACGGAAGAGCAGUGGAAUUCCCUGGCUGACAUCGUCCAGCGACUUGAUACUGUUGUCGACAAGAAGAAGAGGCAGGGGCAGCAGCAGGUCACGAAGGGCAGCAGAGAAGGGGAUAGAGGAGAGGGAGAAGAAGAAGAAGAAGAAGAAGAAGACCCCGAUAAGGAGGCACUUGAUGAGGCUGUCUUCGACUUCUGCAUCAAGUCGAUUAAGCAGAAGCUUGGGAAGAAGCAGUACUACAACCCGCUGCUCCACUUCACGGCUGUACUGGGUGUCAAGGAGGAUGGCACGUGGGUACCGUCCCACACACAUACCCGGUUUCUCGCCGGUUUCUUAUGGUGCGGGCGGAUUCUGAUGCUAGAGCACUUCUUUGAGGACGACCCGUACGACUCCGACGACUCGAAUUGCGACACGAGCUUUGCGGCUAUCGAUCGGUUCCAGAAGGGUCAUCGCGACUGGCUCGCAACCGGCUCGUAUACACCGUUCAGUGCUAUUAUCCAGUGGAUGACGUACGGGAGGGGCUACCGUAAUCAGGAAGGUGGGCAAGCGCGGGUGCUAUGGGACAGUAAUGGCAUGACGCUCAACUAUCUGGGCGACAAGAUCACCGUAAACAGCUUUCAACGGGCAGCACAGGCAUUCGUGCGAGAAGCGGAGGGCUGGCUCGACAAGCUUAUGGACGGACAAUGGAGUCAGAUCCGCGAAACAAUACGGCUACAGGACAUCGCCGAUAGCUUGGUGUUUGAGGGCCCAGGGCGGUCAUUUGCGACGAACCGGAAGAAUGCAUGGCUCAAGCCGGGUGCAGAGAAGUUAACGAGGCUGUUGGGCACGACGCUGUGGAAGAUCGUCGAUGCAGGGAACGGCGGUAGUCGGGUCGAGUGCCGUAAACGGGCGAUGGAUGAGUAUCUUGGCUGGCUGCGGCAGUUCCGGUCAAGUAUGUUCCCGGUUGUGCAUGUAUGGGGAGGGCAGCCCGGGCGAGGUCCGGAGGUGUCAACGCUGAAGCACUGCGAUACCGAUCAGCUGCCGAAGAACGUGUUUGUCUUUGACGGGCAGGUGGUGCUCAUCACAGACCGGGACAAAAGCAAGGGAUUGAAUGGCAAGCAAGGCCGAAAGGUAGCGCGUUUCUUGCCUGAGGGCCCAAGCUUGAUGAUGGUGGCAUAUGUCGCAUGGCUGCUGCCGUUUGAGAAGGUGCUGCAUCGGCUCUCUGGCAUUCGAGGCCCGUCCGAAGCGAUCAGCCCGUGGCUAUGGAAGUCGGCCGAGAAGGGGAUCUGGGACACGGCAAAGCUGAGCAAGCAGCUCGCGCUUGUCACAGGUGUACAGAUUGGGGUUCAGCUAACUGUUUCAAGCUACCGGCAUGUAGCUAUUGAGAUGGGUCGUCGAAUCAAGGGAUUAAUUGUUCAGCAAGUUGAACUGGAAGCCGCCGUGGCGGACAGCGACGACGAGGCGGCCGAUCCGUUAACUGGAGAAGCACACCGACGACCGAAAGUUGAGUAUGUAUGGGACAUCCAAGCGACACACGGAAGUCGAAUCGCACGGAAUCACUAUGCCGUCAAUCUUCAAUUUCCGAGUCAGUUGCAGCCGGAGAUGUUGUCAAAUUUCCGGGAGAUCAGCCGUCUGUGGCAUGAAUUUCUGGCCCGAACUGAUGGUGAUUUCGGUGACAGGAAACGCCGGGCUCAUGACGACGAUAUUAUGCCGGUAGUCGACAGAUCAGCAAAGAGGCAAAGGCUUGCUAUAGACCGAGAGAUUACAAUUGGUGCUGGUACAGAAAAGAUGGGGGAGUGGCGCUAUAGGGUAGGGCCAGGCAACUUCACCGAGACUCCCGCUGGAUGGCGACUUGGCCCCCGCUAUGAGGAUGCAGAGAUAGAUGCUGGGCUGAAGCGUAUGCUAGGCGAAGACGCAGGAUGGAAGACGGCGCAGCAGCGCGAUGGCAUGUACCGGAUUAUGCGACUAGAGAAUGACGGCAUCCGGAGCGAGUUGCUUAUCGUGGUGCUGCCGACAGGCGGUGGCAAAAGCAUUUUAUUUAUGCUGCCGGCUUUUAUGGAAGACGAACGAGGCACGGGUGGAGGACCGCUACCGAGAGCGGCUAGGGCUGCUAACGGGGCUGCACCGGUUCGGGUGCCCGCUGGUGAUGCUUACUGCGACGCUGCCGGUGUCGAUGGAGGAUUGGUUCCGGGAGCGAAUGCUGGCACAGGACGCAACAAUCAUCCGAGCUCCGACGAUGAGGGUGAAUAUUCGGUACCGAGUGAAGCAGCACGAGUUAGUGCAGUGCAAGACUGGGUCGAUGGGCGGGACGGUCAGCGGUGGAUUGCGGCAACGACUGGACUGGGGACCGGUGUCGACAUCAGGGGCAUCGUUGGUGUAAUUCAUGCGGGACCGCCGUUUGGACUAGUCGACUUUGUUCAGCAGACAGGUAGAGGCGGUCGACAGAGAGGUGAGGUUGUAGACUCGGUGAUUGUGACAGAUGGAAGGGCGGGCUGGGCAAACGAGUUCGGCAGUGAUAUUGAUCACAUGAACCGUGAGGCAGUUGAAUUGUUUAUAAAGGGUGAGGGCUGUCGGCGGUUCGUGCUUGGGCGAUUUUUGAUGGGAUUGAGCUUUGUUGUAGCGAUAUGCGGGCAGAAUACUGUGAUCGGUGCUUAA